AUGAAUACUCGACCAGUCAUCGAAAACCCCAGCGAGCAUGCUGCUCUUUCUGUCACCUUCAACCAUGACGCAAGUCGAUUUGUUGUUGGCUUAGACUCGGGGUUCUGCAUCUUCCUCUCAAAUACUUGCCAAAUACAAACAGCAAGAGUUUUCAAUGCGGGCCUAGGUCUAGUCCAAAUGAUGGGCAACGCCAAUUACCUUGCUCUUGUUGGUGGCGGCCGCUCACCCAAGUUCCCACAGAACAAGGCCAUAAUAUGGGAUGAUAGCAAAGGCAAGAUAGGCCUAGAAAUAGCUACCCUUACCGCUGUUCGCGGCGUCCAGAUCUCUAAGACGAGGAUUGCCGUCGUUCUGCAGAACAGCGUACGUCUAUAUGCUUUCCAGAAGCCCCCUACGCCACUCGCCAUAUACGAAACUACAAACAAUUAUCUCGGUCUUUGCUGUCUAACGGAGAGACAUUUGGUUAUCCCUGGUAGGACGCCGGGCCAAGUUCACGUUAUACAGUUCGACACAGGCAGCGUUAGCAUCAUUCCUGCACAUUCUUCAAGUUUGAGAGCGCUGCAACUAAGUUCAGACGGGGAUCUACUCGCAACAGCAAGCGAGAAGGGCACAAUCAUCCGCAUCUUCUCCACUAAUAGGGGCGCGAAGCUUGCUGAACGACGUCGUGGUAGCGAGUCUGCUACUAUAUACUCCUUACGUUUUAGUCCAUCCGGGAACAUGCUAGCCUGCACCUCGGACAAAGGCAGCUUGCACAUCUUCGAUGUUCCUAACCCACGUAAUCAACAGUUUACACCACCUCCUCCAGCUCCUAGUGGAAGCGCUCCUAAUACUGAGGCGAGGAAUAAAUGGGGUAUCUUAAGCAACAUACCAUUUGGUCCGUUUGCUGACAUAUAUUCUUUUACCUCCACACCUUUUGAAACGGGGGAAGAGCCCCUUCUUCCUACCCCUCGAAACCAUUCAGGGGGGGAGGCCGUACUGGGCACUAGUAGGCCAGUAAAGGGGGUGAUCGGUUGGAUAGACGAAAGCACUCUGAUCGUCGUGGGUGCCGGGCAAGAUGCGCGCUGGGAGAAAUUUGUUCUCAGGGAGGGCGAAAACGGCAGAUCCGUGGUUGUCAGGGAAGGCUGGAAGAAAUACCUAGGGAAUUAG